CGGGGUCGGUCCCGGCGCCCAGGACUCUCAGGAUCCUGCCUGCGGCGAACCGGCCUCACCAUGGCGCGCUGGGCAGUCCUGGCGCUCCUGUCGAUCGGCCUCCUGGACGCGCUGGUGUCCGGCCAAGGUGACUUUGACUUAGCGGAUGCCUUUGAUGACGGCCCCAGGAAGCCCACCCCCACGCCGAAGAGACCCAGCUCUGGUGAGAAGCUCAUGUUUUUUGACGCGUGGAUACAGCAGCCGUGGUCCAUCGACGCCGUGGAAUACUACGCAGCCCUGAAAAAGGAAACCGUUUAUCGGCAAACGCACGUUUUGCGCGUUCUCUCCUGGAAAUUUCUUGUUGUCGCAAUUCUGCUCUUUUUACCAACAGGUGACCCAGGAAUUCCUAGUCCGCCGAGGCCAAAGCCGAAUCCGAACCCAAAGCAGCCGGGAACCUCGGGUGGAUUUUCAGAUUCCGACCUGCUGGACGGGACGUCCGGAGGAGCCGGAGGCGGAGGUGGAGGCGGAGGAGGAGGUGGAGGUGGAGGCGGAGGAGAAGGCAGUGCUGGAGCUGGAGGAGGGAGCCCGAGGCAUGAGGGCGACGGGCAGACCGAGCCCCAGGGCGUGAUCCCUGGCAUCAUCGGGGCCGUGGUAGUUGCCGUGGCCGGGGCCAUUUCGAGCUUCAUCGCCUACCAGAAGAAGAAGCUGUGCUUCAAGGAAAACGCCGAACAAGGUGACAUCAACUUGGAGAAUCAUCGCAGCGUCAAUGCAGAGCCACCAGUGCAACAGACGCUUCUGGCGAAAUAGAAUAUCCAUAUCGACGGCAAAAAAAAAUACAGCUCAGUGUUCACAGCAUGAUGGCAACACAUGUACCUGCUGUUGCUCCAAAGAAUGCCUGCAGGAGGGCGGCGCACGCCCCACCUGGACCCGCCCAGCCAGGACCCACCCCCCUGGCCCAGUCCAGCCAGGACCCACCCCCCUGGCCCAGCCCAGCCAGGAUCCACCCCACCUGGCCAGUCCCACCUGGCCCCACCUUUAUCAGCCCAGCCAGGACCCACCCCCCUGGCCCAGCCCAGCCAGGACCCACCCACCUGGCCCAGCCCAGCCAGGACCCACCCCCCUGGCCCAGCCCAGCCAGGACCCAACCCCCUGGCCCAGCCCAGCCAGGACCCAACCCCCUGGCCCAGCCCAGCCAGGACCCACCCCACCUGGCCAGUCCCACCUGGCCCCACCUUUAUCAGCUCAGCCAGGAACCACCCACCUGGCCCAGCCCAGCCAGGACCCACCCCCCUGGCCCAAUCUAGCCAGGACCCAACCCCCUGGCCCAGCCCAGCCAGGACCCACCCCCCUGGCCCAGCCCAGCCAGGACCCACCCCCCUGGCCCAAUCUAGCCAGGACCCACCCCCCUGGCCCAGCCCAGCCAGGACCCACCCCCCUGGCCCAGUCCAGCCAGGACCCACCCACCUGGCCCAGCCCAGCCAGGACCCACCCCCCUGGCCCGGCCCAGCCAGGACCCACCCCACCUGGCCAGUCCCACCUGGCCCCACCUUUAUCAGCUCAGCCAGGAACCACCCCCCUGGCCCAGCCCAGCCAGGACCCACCCCCCUGGCCCAGCCCAGCCAGGACCCACCCCCCUGGCCCAGCCCAGCCAGGACCCACCCCCCUGGCCCAAUCUAGCCAGGACCCACCCCCCUGGCCCAAUCUAGCCAGGACCCACCCCCCUGGCCCAAUCUAGCCAGGACCCACCCCCCUGGCCCAAUCUAGCCAGGACCCAACACCCUGGCCCAGCCCAGCCAGGACCCAACCCCCUGGCCCAGCCCAGCCUGGACCCACCCCCCUGGCCCAGCCCAGCCUGGACCCACCCCCCUGGCCCAGUCCAGCCAGGACCCACCCCACCUGGCCAGUCCCACCUGGCCCCACCUUUAUCAGCUCAGCCAGGAACCACCCACCUGGCCCAGCCCAGCCAGGACCCACCCCCCUGGCCCAAUCUAGCCAGGACCCACCCCCCUGGCCCAAUCUAGCCAGGACCCAACCCCCUGGCCCAAUCUAGCCAGGACCCACCCCCCUGGCCCAGUCCAGCCAGGAUCCACCCCACCUGGCCAGUCCCACCUGGCCCCACCUUUAUCAGCUCAGCCAGGAACCACCCCCCUGGCCCAGCCCAGCCAGGACCCACCCCCCUGGCCCAGCCCAGCCAGGACCCACCCCCCUGGCCCAGCCCAGCCAGGACCCACCCCCCUGGCCCAGCCCAGCCAGGACCCACCCACCUGGCCCAGCCCAGCCAGGACCCACCCACCUGGCCCAGUCCAGCCAGGACCCAACCCCCUGGCCCAGCCCAGCCAGGACCCACUCCACCUGGCCCAAUCUAGCCAGGACCCAACCCCCUGGCCCAGUCCAGCCAGGACCCACCCCCCUGGCCCAAUCUAGCCAGGACCCACCCACCUGGCCCAGCCCAGCCAGGACCCAACCCCCUGGCCCAAUCUAGCCAGGACCCAACCCCCUGGCCCAGCCCAGCCAGGAUCCACCCCACCUGGCCAGUCCCACCUGGCCCCACCUUUAUCAGCUCAGCCAGGACCCACCCCCCUGGCCCAGCCCAGCCAGGACCCACCCCCCUGGCCCACUCUAGCCAGGACCCACCCCCCUGGCCCAAUCUAGCCAGGACCCACCCCCCUGGCCCAGCCCAGCCAGGACCCACCCCCCUGGCCCAAUCUAGCCAGGACCCACCCCCCUGGCCCAAUCUAGCCAGGACCCAACCCCCUGGCCCACUCUAGCCAGGACCCACCCCCCUGGCCCAGUCCAGCCAGGACCCACCCCCCUGGCCCAAUCUAGCCAGGACCCAACCCCCUGGCCCAGCCCAGCCAGGACCCACCCCCCUGGCCCAGCCCAGCAGGACCCACCCCCCUGGCCCAGCCCAGCCUGGACCCACCCCCCUGGCCCACCCCAGCCUGGACCAGCCUCAUCUUGCCCUGCGUUUGCUCCAGUUGGAUUCUUGCUCUUCCUCUUCCCUGUUCUUGUCCCGCCUCCCGAGGGUCCGGGGAGGUGGAUCAGAACCGUUCGAGUCUUCCCAAACCCCGAGGACCAUGGAUCUCGCCCCCCCUCCUCCCAGGCCCCCGAGGGGUCCCCACGCGAGAUUGGAAAGACCGUGUCCGUCCCACGCUCCCCCCACGUCGUUCGAAUCCCCGGACACCGGACACGUCUCGGAAGCCGUGAGCACACCGCGUGCCCCACGCGGGGCCCGGCGGGAGGGGCCCGGCGGCCGCUACGCUGGCAAAUUUGUGCAACGAGGGAAGGGAGCUUCCUCUCCUCUCGUCAACACUCUUCGUGCCCCCGAGGAGGUGUUUUAUUUUAUUUUUUAUUUUUUUGUGCAUCCCAAUAAAAAGGAGCGAGAAACCACG